CUUAACAAAGUGUAAGCUGGCAGCGUUAUACCUUUGCAAUGCCUCUCAGCAGCUCAGGUCACAGCCAAGUGAUACCAACAACUUCAUUGGAAAUAUUUCUUCCAUUGUCAACAUGCUACCCUCUGUUGAAAGUAGGCUAAUUGGAACUUGGCAAGAGUGGUAAUCUCAGUAACUGAAGAAGGAAAAAAUACUUCAAGGCCAAAUGCAGAAAUUCCGUGUUCAUUAAGACCGUUUUAGUUUCGGCCGAUUCCAGGACUUCAGGGAAGCUCAAAAAGUGCGAACUGGUGUACCCUCGGCUGAUGGUCUCCUCGUGAACCAUGUCACGCCGGAAACAAAAAAGACCGCAGCAACUUAUUAACGCAGAUCCAGGGGGCACGCGGAUCUUACUGCAAGAUGAGCAGUUAAGAGUGAAGUCCCCGUCCACCUCUCUUGGAUCAGAGGCGCCAUCAUCCUCUCCUUCCUCCUCAGCGUCCCCUCCCUCCAUGCAGGACUGCCACCCCCCCUUGGCCCCGAGGCCGUCCCCUGGGGGUCUACACGCUCCCUCCCUGCCCAGCGAGAGCUCCUCACCCCCCCACUGGCCCAACCACACGGCCCACCCGUACAGCACGGCGCUCCCCAACACCCACUCGUCCCUGUCGCCGGACUUCCCGCACCCGUCGCUGUCCUCGCAGACCCACUCCUCUCCGCCGGCCCAGACGAAAGCCAAUCACGCGUCGGCCCGCCAUCAGAGCCACGCCCACCACCCCCACUCCCACGCCGUCAUGAUGUCCCCUCAGCUUGCUAUCUCCGCCACCACCACUACCUCCUCUUCCUCCUCCUCCUCCUCGUCCUCUCACGGGGCGGCCCCGCACCAGGGCAGCCCCAGCCCUGUCCAGCAGGCGCCCUCCAGUCCCCCCGCUGUCCUGCCCCCGGGGCAAAUCCAGAUGCCCCCGACGCUGGCGGUGCUGCUAGAGGAGCUGAGGGUCCUGCAGCAGAGGCAGAUCCAUCAGAUGCAGAUCACCGAGGAGAUUUGCCGACAGGUGCUGCGGCUCGGCGAAGGUCUCAACGCUCCUCCCCAGGAGAGCACCCAGAGGCCAGGAGGCGCGCUGGUCAGUCGCCAGAGGUCGUCGUCAUCGAACGGCGACAGCGGGUCCCCCUCCCCGCCGCACACGACGGCACCAGCGGUCUCCGCGGCGAGUUCUCUGCUGUCCAGCAUGCCGUCGCUGCUGUCGCAGGCCUCGGCAUCCAAGCUGAGCGUCUCCGCAGGCAACGGAAACAGAGCGCCGGCGCUCAGCACCGCGUCCUCAUCCUCCGCUCUGUCCACCACCACGGCCUCCCUCUUCUCCUCGGCCGCCUCGCCCCUCUUCCUCUCCCACUGCCUGCCUGCUCGCUACCCCCUGGAGAAGCUGCCCAACGCAUCCAUGUUCGGCCAUGCCAACGGCUUCGGGUUCUCUGCUGCAGCGCUGGCCGGAACCGGCCUGACCCACGAGCCCGCCGCGCCACUCAGCUCCGUGGUCGGGUCGUCCACCGGCUUGUCCAGUUCCGGGUCGUCCUCGACUUCUUCAUCGACGACAGCGGCGACGACGACGGCAGUGGCAUCAUCCGGGCGGCAGCAGCACGCGUGCCGCUACUGCGGGAAGGUGCUGAGUAGCGACUCGUCGCUGCAGAUCCACCUGCGCUCGCACACGGGCGAGCGUCCGUACCAGUGUCCAGUGUGCCUGAGCCGCUUCACCACGCGCGGCAACCUCAAGGCCCACUUCCUGCGCCACCGCGAGCAGAACCCCGAGCUCUCGCUCUCGCUGCUGCCGCCGGCGCUCUCCGAGCAGAGCCCAGCGGGGUCCGGCGGGGGCGGCUCCAGCAACGGGACCUCCUCCAGGAGCCGCAAGCGCCGCGCCGACCCCGAGGAGCCGUUCGGGAUCAAAGGCGCCCUUGGCGUCCCCGAGAGCAUGGCGCUGGGCUUCCUGUCCAGCUCGGCCGGUCGCGCCGCGGCGUCCUCGCUCCCGCUGCCCCCCAGCGUGGACCUGGCGCUGCUGUCCACCGCCCACUCGCUGCUGCAGCUGAACCGCGCGUCCUCAGCGGCCGCCGCGGCAACCACCACCAGCGUCCACUUCUCCUCGCCCUCCUCGUCCGCGUCGUCCGCCUCCAAAGGCGCCAAGCAGCAGCGCUUCGACGAGAACACCCCUCCGCACUCGGCGCUGCUCUCAGGCUCGCCGUACUCGCAGCUGGCGCACCUUCCCAAGAUCCUCUUCCCCACGGCGGCGCACCACCACCCGGGCCUGGCCCUCCUGCACCCCCCUCCGCUGCCGUCCCCCCACGGGCAGCUGGCCUUCCCCUUCUCGCCGUACCCCAAACCCCAGGCCUCCUCGUCCCCCUCGUCCACCUCUCCGUCGCCUUCCUCCGCCACCUCGGACACCACCAAGCUGCAGCGGCUGGCGCAGAAGCUGGAGAAGCAGCCACAAGGGGGCGCCGAUCGAGGAGGCGGGCGCAGCUCCAGUGGAACCCCGACCUCGAUCUCGGUCACCGCCAGCCAGUCCAGCGAUGUCACCUCCACGAGCUCGUCCUCUGCGUACCGGCGGGAGAUGAUGGCCGCGCUGGGCCUAAACCCGAACCUCGGCAGCGUCGCGUCCACCCCGCCGUCCUCCUCGCUGACACCGGUGCUGUCCCCUAACCAGUGCGGCGUGUGCCUGCGUGUGCUCAGCUGCCCCCGGGCACUGCGGCUACACCAGGCCACGCACCUCGGGGAGCGGCCGUUCCCGUGCAAGCUCUGCGGCCGCUCUUUCUCGACCAAGGGCAGCCUGCGAGCCCACGUGGCCACGCACCACUCGCGGCAGGCCAGCUCCCGGCCGCAGAACUCCUGCCCGCUGUGCCAGCGCAAGUUCACCAACGCUGUCGUGCUCCAGCACCACAUCCGCAUGCACCUUGGCGGGCAGAUCCCGCCCGAUGGCGGGAACGCCACGGGAGAGGAAGAGGAGGAGGCCGCCAUCGCCGCCGCAGCGGUGGACAACCCCGAGGGCCUGCAGGUGGACGCUGCAGCAAACCUGAGCGCUGUUGCCUUGGGCAACGACCUUGUCCAGACCCAGCCUCUCGACCUGGGCAGCGCCAAGGUGGCUCUCUUGCUCUCGUCCGCACGUGACGGAUCCGUUUCCAGAGAGACGUUGCCGGCCGACCUGAGCGUGAAAUCCGACUCUGACCUGAGCAGCGUCUCUCCCGAGCCCAGCCCAGCUCUCUCGGACGAGAAGACCGAACAGGACGCCUUGUCUCUGGUGGUGCGGCCUCUGGUCCUCAGUGGUCCACCCAUCACCUCCCCACCCACAACACAGCAGGACCAGAGCAGCGACACACUGACGUCUGAUAUCGCCGGCAGCUACAGUUCUACCUCUCGAGGUGUUCCGUCGAACGAGCAUGCGCCCCACCAAGACGACGCGGAGGACGACAUGGCCCCUUUGUCGCUGUGUGUCCGGCCGGACCGCUUGGACUCAGAGAACGUGUCCCUUGCUAAAAGCCCUGCUCUGGCAGUGAACACUGUGGUCAAGAUCGCCGUGGUGACCACCGGGGACACCCCCAGCACGCUCACCCCUCCCUCUAGCCCCAGCUCUGACCGGGAGGCAAAUGAGUCCAGACCGGACAAGAACACGUCCGCCCUGAAAACAGCCGAGUCAGCACCUGACGCUGUCGUUCCUGCGGCGAUUCAAGAUGGAACCCACGGCCCUGUAGAGGCGGAGGAUGUGCCAAUGAAGAAGGAGGAAGAGGAGGAGAAGAAGGAGGAGACGGCAAAGGAGAUUCCGGAAGGUUCCUUGGCGGCGGCCGAGCCCAGAGGAGAGGAAGCGGAGGCGCCGGCGAGGCGCGAGGAGAACGUGAGUGACGACGGGAAAGGGACGGAAGGGACGGCCACCGCACAGCCGCUCACCCCGGUGAAAACGCCCAAAGCCUCGCGGCCAGAGAAGCCCUAUAGCUGCAGCCAGUGUGGGAAAGAGUACGCCAGCCGCAGUGGCCUCAAGGGACACAUGAAGGUCCAUGCUGGGUCGGUCAGCAAUGGGCCUGCUGGGUCGGUCAGCCUUCCCCCCAGUGCUUCACGUGACCAUGGGGAGAAGGGACCCCUCAAGUCUGGCAAGGACACUUUGGAUGACCCAAGUGCAAUCUCGACCAAUAGCAGGCCAGCUGAGGAUGAUGUAGAGAAGCCAUCAGCCAAUAAUUGUUUACCUGACGAGCCAAUGGAUACCUCCGGUGUUGCAGAGAAGGCAGAGUGAUAUGACAUCGUAACUAUGCUCACUGGACCUGACCACUGAAGACUGAGACUGUUGUGAUAGGACUCUUUUGUGACUGAUAGUCAUCUGGACCAAUAGCAAUCAACACCUUGGACUAGUAUAUAACCAGUAAAUUGGACCAAUAAGUUACCAGUUCCACAUCCCCAACCCACUCUAC